CUCAACUAUCGGGCCAGCUGUUCUCGAUCAUUGAUGAUUUGAUUCUAUAGGUCAAGUCACGUAAACCAACCAUUGGCAACUGGUCAUUGCCAAUUACUUUUCUUUUUCUUUUUUACUGCACUUUGAUCGAUUUAUUCGACCUCGUCCUUCAUUUAAACCCAACAACAUGAGGUUCCUUUCCUUCGUCGUCAGCUCCCUGCUGGCUGUGGGCUCGCUUGCCGCCAAGAAGCCCGCCGCCGACCGUUUCGAGACUUUCCUGGGACAAUCCCAAACCCAGAACCCGAUCAAGCUCGAUGAUUCCUCAUACAAGAAGCUCACCAAAGCCCCGAGGGACUACAGUGUGUCGGUCCUGUUGACGGCCAUGGAUGCCCGCUUCGGCUGCCAGCUGUGCCACGAGUUCCAGCCCGAGUACGACUUACUUGCCCGGAGCUGGCUCAAGGGCGACAAGAAGGGUGAAUCCCGCCUCAUCUAUUCGGUUUUGGACUUUACCGAUGGCAAGGACACUUUCAUAAGCCUUGGUUUGCAAACAGCCCCUGUGCUGUUCUUGUUCCCGGCUACCACCGGCCCGCAUGCCGCGUCUAGCCCCGAGCCGAUACGAUACGACUUUGGUAAUGGUGCCUUGACCGCCGAGCAUAUCCACGCUUGGUUGAGCCGCAACCUCCCUGACCGUCCGCACCCGCCGGUCAAGCGCCCGAUCAACUGGAUACGCUGGAUCACAGGCACCGUGUCACUCCUUGGCGUGUCCACUGCUUCGUUCCUCGCCUGGCCCUACGUCGUGCCCGUUCUCACCAACCGCAACGUCUGGGCUGGCCUUACUUUGAUCUCCAUUCUGGUCUUUACCAGUGGUCACAUGUUUAACCACAUCCGCAAGGUGCCCUACGUUUCUGGUGAUGGCCGCGGUGGUAUAAACUACUUCGCCGGCGGCUUCCAGAACCAGUAUGGCUUGGAGACGCAGAUUAUCGCCGCUAUUUAUGGCAUCCUAGCUUUUUCGGCGAUCUCUCUCGCCGUCAAGGUUCCCCGAAUGGCGGAUGCCAAGACUCAGCAGGUGGCCGUGAUCGUCUGGGGUGGUGUCAUGCUGGCCAUGUACAGCUUCUUGCUGAGCACUUUCCGUAUCAAGAACGGUGGAUACCCAUUCUCUCUGCCGCCUUUCUUCUAACGGGUUCAAGCUUGCAGUGCCGGGCCGUCAUAAAGACUCGGCGCGACAAGAACGCGCCCAGACAGUUGUACUCAAUUCAACCGCCUUAGCCAUGCAAAACCCCUUCAGAAGAAACUAGACGAAUAUUCGGUAGACACAAAAAAGACACAAAAAAUGUAUGGCUGUUUUCCCUAAAUAUGGCAAUCUCGAUGGCCUGCCCAGUACGUAGACUAUGAUCAAGAUAACCAUAUUCAAGCUUUAUGAAAUGAAGAAUGGAACUAUCUCCCAUCGC